CCUCUCUCUCUCUCUCUACCCCUCUCUCUCUCUCUCUACCCCUCUCUCUCUCCUCUCUCUCUCCCACUCUCUCUCUACCUCUCUCUCCUCUCUCUCCCACUCUCUCUCUCCCUCUCUCUCUCUCUCUACCCCUCUCUCUCUCUCUCUACCCCUCUCUCUCUCUCUCUCUCUCUACCCCUCUCUCUCUCUCUCUACCCCUCUCUCUCUCCUCUCUCUCUCCCACUCUCUCUCUACCUCUCUCUCCUCUCUCUCCCACUCUCUCUCUCCCUCUCUCUCUCUCUCUCUCUCUCUCUCAGCCGCAGCGCUGCGCUCCUGCGCGCGCCUCCUCACUUCUGACCGACAAAAAGCCCUGAGUGAGAGGCGCGCACUCCUUUGACGGUUUCCACCGGAAGCCAGAAGUUCUCGGACCGUACACACUCAGAGCCCGUUUCACGGCUGAACCUUUCCGACCGGGGGAUUAAUUUUGCCCUGGUGAACAACCGGGACGCAUGGUGGGAAUUUCUGCCUCUUUUCAGUAUCGCACUGAGAAGCCCUCCACCAUGCCCGACUCGCCCGCAGAUGUGAAAGCACAGCCCAGGUUAACUCCACCCACCAUGCCUCCGCCGCCCGGCACACAGGGAGCCCCCAGGACGAGCUCGUUCACUCCCACGACGCUAACAAACGGCACCAGCCACUCUCCGACCGCACUGAACGGCGCUCCGUCAUCGCCCAAUGGCUUCAGCAACGGACCUUCAUCCUCUUCCUCCUCUUCGCUGGCCAAUCAGCAGCUCCCUCCGGCAUGCGGCGCACGGCAGCUCAGCAAGCUGAAGCGUUUCCUUACAACCCUGCAGCAGUUCGGCAACGACAUCUCACCCGAAAUCGGCGAUCGCGUCCGCACACUCGUGCUGGGCCUUGUGAACUCCACGUUAACCAUAGAAGAAUUCCACUCCAAGCUUCAAGAAGCGACCAACUUCCCCCUCCGACCUUUUGUCAUCCCGUUUUUGAAGGCCAACCUGCCAUUACUGCAGCGGGAGCUUUUGCACUGUGCACGCCUGGCCAAGCAGAACCCAGCACAGUACUUGGCCCAGCACGAGCAGCUGCUACUCGACACCAGCAUCACGUCUCCCGUCGACUCGUCUGAGCUGCUGAUGGACGUCAACGAGAACGGCAAGAGGAGGACGCCGGACAGAACCAAAGAGAACGGCUUCGAGAGGGAGCCUCCACACCCGGAGCACCCGAGCAAGCGGCCAUGCACCAUCAGUCCUGGUCAGCGUUUCAGCCCCUCCAACGGACUUUCAUACCAGCCCAACGGCCUUCCUCACACCGCUCCACCACCCCCGGGCCACUACCGGUUGGACGAGAUGGCUGUUGGCCACCAUUACAGAGACUCCUUUCGCCACACUAACCACCGUGAGAUCCGCGAGCGCCCACGGCCCAUCGGGAUGCACGGUGGCACACGUCAGGAAGAGGUCAUCGAUCACAGACUCACAGACAGAGAGUGGGCCGAGGAGUGGAAGCACCUUGACCAUGUAAGAAAAUUGCUUAACUGCAUCAUGGACAUGGUGGAGAAGACGCGGCGCUCGCUCACUGUACUGAGGCGAUGCCAAGAGGCUGACCGCGAGGAGCUCAACUAUUGGAUCCGGCGCUACAGCGAUGCUGAGGACCUGAAGAAGAGCUCCAGCAGCAGCAGCAGCAGCAGCAGCCAGUCGAGACAGCAGAGCCCUGCAGGCCAGGACAACAACCCUGCAGAGAUUCACCGGGAGGUUCUCCACAGGCCUGUAUCCGGCUAUGUUCCUGAGGAGAUCUGGAAGAAAGCAGAAGAGGCGGUGAACGAGGUGAAGAGGCAGGCCAUGUCUGAGCUGCAGAAGGCCGUGGCCGAAGCCGAGCGCAAGGCUCACGAGAUGAUCAGCACCGAACGCGCCAAGAUGGAGCGCACUGUGGCUGAGGCGAAGAGGCAAGCUGCAGAGGAUGCGCUGUCCGUUAUCAACCAGCAGGAGGACUCGAGUGAGAGCUGCUGGAACUGUGGACGCAAGGCAAGCGAGACAUGCAGCGGGUGCAACACGGCGCGCUACUGCGGCUCCUUCUGCCAGCACAAGGACUGGGAGAAGCACCACCAUGUGUGCGGGCAGACGCUGCAGGCGCAGCAGCAAGGCGAGACGCCUAGCACCGCCAGCUCCUCAGGCACUCCCAGCAGCAGCGCUGGCAGCCCUGCCGAUACCCCCUCCGCCGCUGCCACGCCACGCUCGGACACGCCUGGCACGCCGUCAGCAUUAGAGCCUGCGCCACGCUAGAGCCAAAUCCAUCACAGCCACGCCAGGACUGUCUCACCUCGCCUCGCUUACUCAAACAUGCUAACAGAGAAAAAGAGGACUAGUUCCACAGAGCGACCGCCCACCCGGAGGUCCGUAUCGGGUCAUAUUGACUUGCUAUGACAGAGAACACAAAGAUAUUCUUUGUUUAAAAUUCUCACCAUCCUUUAAUGCACCCAAUUGCUACUAUAGAUUAUUUUUUGUUUGUGUUCAGUGUUUCCUGUAAAUACGCCGAAAAAAAAAAAGACCUCUGGAUCAGCACAUUAAACCUCCCGUUUGCAGCGUUUGUUUGUUUGUUUGUUUGUUUGUUUUGCCUGUUUUCAACGCUUCUUCUCCUCUCCACUAGCUGGGAUAUGAAACUAGUUGACCUCAACGAAAGACACUUUACCAAACCACAAACCAAGGGAUUUAGUCAUAGCUGUUGUAAACAAAGACGCAAAAAAAAAAAAAUAACGUGAUUAUAUGAAAGACAGCGUUCCGAGAAAGGAAGACAAAAAAAAGUAACCGGGGGGGGACAACAUCAGGGCAGGACAUUGUGGAGUAGAAGACGAAUAGCAUGUUCCUGAACUCGGCAGACCCUCGGCACCGUGUGCAGAUGUGCAGCAGAUUGUGAAGGAACGCAGAUGUUCUCUCCUCUUUUUCCUUACACGUCUGCAAGACAUUUGAUGCUAUCUAGGUCAGCGGUCUGAAAAAUAAAAGUCUGUUUUUCGCAGAGGAAUAUAAAGGCAUGGAGGACCGAGCAGCAUGAUGAGCGCAGCUCCAUGAUCAGCGUGCUGCGUCAGCUCCUAAACAGGAAGUGAAGUCAUCAGCCCACCCAAGCACGACCCUCACUAUGACAGCUGUUUGGGAUGAAGGGCUGAAAAAAAAAUGGCACGUUCCUCCACUUCUGCCCAGCUUCAGCCCGACCUUCUUUCUGUUCUUUUUCUUUUUUUCCCUCUUAGCUUUCAUUGUGUUGAACAUUUGUGUCCCAUACAGUCUCUGAUGCUUAUUUAUUGUACAUGUGUUGGACAAAAAUCGUGAUCAUGCAUAAUACUUUUAAAAAAAAAUCAUUUAGGUCCAUCCUUCUAGCUGGUGCAAAAUAACAUAUUAAGCAUAUCUCGAGCUGCUUUCCUGUCUGUGAGUGUUUGUGGUAGUUCCUUAGUAGUUGUUUAAGAAGAAAAAAAAAAUCCCGUUGUCCUCAAAAAGGAGACAAAAGCUAUCUCUCAGAGCUGCUGCUUCAGUCUAAUGCCGACCUUUUCUGAGAACUAGCAUGUUACACGGAAUGCUAACAUUAAUGUUUUGUACAUGAGACGUACAUAAUUGUAUUUGCACUGUCACGACGUUCCUUUCAGCAUGCUUCUUUUUCCCAAGUUUCUCAGUAGAGAGCCUCGCGUCACUGACUCUGCAGUGCUUUUUUUUUUUUUAAACGUAUCUGUGAUCUUUAUUUUCUUUAAGGGAAAAAAAAGGGAAAAAUACUAUCCAGACCUGCUUUUGUUAGAAACGUUUCUUUGUCCGAAAUGCGAUAGCAAAAAAAAAAAAAAAAAAAGUCAUACCUUUGCUUUGAAUAGUUACAAGCAGUGCAUGCACAUUACUGAAUGUUGAAGUAUAUGUUCUUUUUUGUUCUUUUUAUACAAAAAAGAGAAAAUCGUUUUUUAAAAAAAAUUAAAAAAAACAUACGCUAAGAAUCUAACUUUCCAAAUGCAGAGGUGUAAACAGACAGCUUUAACACUGCAAAGCACCAGGUUACACAGUAUUACAAAAAGAAUUAACAUGGAAGACAGCCAAAGACCGACAUGAAGGACCAAAACCUGAUUUUAUCCUAUAUUUAAAUGUAACAAAAACAAACAAACAACUAAAAACGAACUCAAACGCACCAUCGAUUCUUUUCUUUUUAUCCGAGAGUUCAUCAGGGGAAACCAUUUUUUUUCGGUUUCCGUUUUGAAACCUUUAACAUUUUCCUGUCGAAAGCCGAGACCAGCCCUGCUCAGCCUGAACGGAGGGAAAGUGAAGUCGCACUCGUACGUACGAGAUUGCAGAUGUGACCUAAUGAGCAAUAAUCGAGACGGUGGCAUGAAUCCGUUAUUUCAGAAUUAUAGCUAGUGAGGUUUUCCUUCAGGGGCGGCACGGUGGUGUAGUGGUUAGCGCUGUCGCCUCACAGCAAGAAGGUCCGGGUUCGAGCCCCGUGGCCGGCGAGGGCCUUUCUGUGCGGAGUUUGCAUGUUCUCCCCGUGUCCGCGUGG